UUAUAUUAUGAUAUUAACGAUUAUCAAUUUAUUUAAUCUAACGGUUUCCAACUCCCUAGAGAGUGCGUUUCAUGAAUCCGAGCAGAUUUUAGAGCCUGAGUUGGAUCCAGAUUUUGACUGGAUUGUCGAGGCAAAGAAGAGAAAAGUUGAGGCUCUGGAGGACAACAAGAUCAGAUUCGACAGGUUAAAGCAGGAAGGAAGUUUACUUGCUGAGCAGGGACGGUUCUGGGAAGCUAUAUCCAGGUGGGACGAAGCGUUGCAGAUUAAUUCUGAAGAUGCUCCGCUCCUGGAGAUGAAAGCUCAAGCUUUAAUACAGGUUCAUGAGUGGAUUCCUGCAAUAGAAUUCGCGGAGAAAACUGUGGCUGCAGAGAGAACCUGGUGGGUUGGAUACCAGACUCUAGGUAGAGCUCAACUAGGACUCGGAGAAGUUCGUCUAGCUCUCCGUAACUUCAAGAUUGCUCUGCACUUGAACCCGGAGGAGACAGAGCUCUGGGAAGAGGAUAUAGCUUGGGCAAACCAUCUCAUUGCUAAGUCCCUGGAGAAACGUGACCCUGAAGAGGAAACUCCGGAACGGAUUAAACCUGACUCCGUACCCCGGGUUCAACUAAGAACAGCUCUACAACAUGACGGAUACUCUAGUUGUCUGUUUUCAGCCCCUCGCGUGAUUCCUCCUCAGAACAUAGUACUGCGCCUGAACACUAGACAGCUGUACGGGUGCAGGUACAGGAGAAGGGAGAUGAGUACGGGACGAGGAUUUUAUACAAAUGUUUAUCCCAACUUUACUCUGGUUAAUGUGGAAAAACCUCCUUGCUUCCUCAGGAAAUUUACUCCGGACGGAAAGAAGUUUAUUGCAUUCAGUGCUGAUCAGACCUCUUUGGAAGUUUAUGCUUUCCAAGGACCUGGAGCUGCAUCCGACCUUCUUCAAGGUCUAGACGGAGAAUAUUUAACUAAUGAACAAACCACUCAGAAUAACAGGAUACGAAACUGUGUUUUCAACCGGUUUUUUAAACUGCUCUACACUGUAUCUGUAUCCCCCUGUAACGAACAGUUGAACCGGGAGUGUUCUCUCUUCUCCGAGGACGGACGGUUCGUGAUCAUAGGUUCCGCGGCCUUUAUCCCAGAGGAUCCUCAUCCUCCAUUCUUCUCUAUGUAUCAGAACAAUGAAUCUGUGAGUCCGAAUCCUAGAAAUCAACUAGAGGAUUAUACACUACACGUAGUGGAUAUAGAACAGGGGAGACUAGCAGAUAAAACUACAUUCAAAACUGAUAAAAUAGUGCUUUCUCACAAUCAAGGAAUCUAUCUGUACAAGAAAACUCUGUCUGUGUUAUCUAUCCAGCAUCAGACGAUACAUAUCUUCCAACUGGAGCAGGACGGAACCCUCAUCAAGGUUCGGGAGAUAGGUCGACACUGCUACGACGAUGAUGAGAUGAUACUCGCAGGACAACUGACCGGAGAUGUACAGUCCAGCCUGCCGGGCAGAGCAGUUUAUCGACCCUUCAAGGAGACAACCAUCAACUCCUUGAAGCAUAGGAUACUUGUAUUCCUGUACAGGAGAGCUGCUUCUCUCUCAAACAUUGAUGAAAAUCCAUUCGAGAUCAGAAACUUUUAUAAAUACUUUGAACAGAUUCGUUGGUUGCGUAUGUGGAAGAUGCAGCUGCUGGACGAGGAACAUCUUCUUAUCAAAUACGCAAGCGAGGACGUUGUGACGCUUAGGAGUUAUGAACCAAACUCUCAGCAAUCCUUCUUCGUGGUGUACAACAUCAACUCUACCGAGGUUCUCGCCGUCUACGAGAAUACUUCGGAGAAACUUCUCGAAAUCUUUGAAAAGUUUUGCGACGAUUUUCGAAAUUCAAGUUUAAACAGUGAUUCCCGUUAUACAUCCAGUCCCAGUAAUAAUGUUUUUGCAAACCUUAUUCAGCAGAGAUUCAAGCAGACUAUUAUUAGUGCCAAGAACGGAGGACCAAGUGAAGCCCGUAAGCGUGUUCUUGCUCAACUACCGAUCUCAGCUCAGAGUUACUCACCCUCGCCUCUUCUAGAUCUCAGUCUAUUCUCUUAUGACGAGAAAUGGGUUUCUGUAAUGGAGAGACCCAAGGCUUGUGGAGAGCAUCCUAUUAGGUUCUAUGGACGUGAGUCCGGUUUACUCAAGUUUAAAAUCUAUGCUGGAGUUCAAGGCAGAAACCCACCACCUCAGGCUCGGCGACUUGUUGCCUUCACUUUCCAUCCGACAGAUCCUUUUGCAAUCAGUGUUCAGAGAACCAACCUGGAGUACGUAGUCAACUUUCAUGUUCCUCACAUCUAGGGGUUCAUGGAGAUAUUCAACAUCAUCCAGAACUUGAUCUGAAGAAACUAGUUUUGGAACGUGAUGUAUGUGUAUUCCUAGACACGCGGCUGUGUUUCAAACCCGUCCUAUCUGGAAAAAACUCAUUCUAGAAACACAACAGUUAUCAUAAAUGUUUUGCACAAAUAUAAUUGAAAUAACUCUUAACUAUCGUUUUGAAAUAAAAGCUAAUCUUUCUUAUCUGAUCUGCAGAGAGGAAGUAAAAUUUUUGUUCUUCAUGUACUGCUCCUCAUCCCGUUUUAAGUGUUUAUAUUGCAGA